UUCAUGCAUAACAAUUGCUAUUAUUACCUCUGUUGUGUCUAUUGUGAAGGAUCGAGGAGCGUGGGGGCCGUUGGAACGCCCAUUGGCUCACGUGUGUUGUGUAGGAUUGAGGCUAUGUAUAUGCGGUGCAUUUAUAAAAUCGCAUGCAUGAUUGUAGUGUGCGGUGCAUGUAUUGUGUGAUCAUAUCAUAUCAGACUUAUAUUGCCUCGUGAGAUAAAGAGUAUAGUGAUAUAAUAAAAGCAUGGCAGGCUUCAUAUGAAGACAAUAUCCCCUAAUCAAGAUUAUGUGCACUUGCAGAGCUGCGUAUCUGCAGCUGCCACUUCUCUGGUGGAGAAAAGAAAGAGGGGGACGUCCCCGUGCCUGACCCAGAGGUGGACGAACCUAUCAACAUUGACAUCAGUGCCGCAACAAACAACAGCAACAGUAAUCAUAGCUCGCCUUCGCGCUGCCUUAUGGAUAAACAGAAGCGGGCCGCAAAGCGCCAAAGAAUGUCCGUAGAGAGGAUCGUUGAAGGAAUCCGUCACCCUGCUACCACCGCUGCCUCCAUGCCUGCAGCCACCCCUGCUCAAGGUCGUCCGUUGGUGGCGCUCUUAGAUGGCAGGGAUUGUAGUGUUGAGAUGCCAAUCCUCAAGGAUGUGGCCACUGUGGCUUUCUGCGAUGCUCAGUCCACUACAGAGAUACAUGAAAAGGUGCUGAAUGAAGCAGUAGGAGCCCUUCUCUAUCACACAAUUACGUUGACAAGAGAAGAUCUAGAGAAGUUCAAAGCUCUGCGUAUCAUCGUAAGGAUCGGCUCUGGAUAUGACAACGUUGACAUCAAAGCUGCAGGAGAUAUGGGUGUUGCAGUGUGCAAUGUCCCAGGGUACGGCGUGGAGGAAGCAGCCGACUCAACGCUAUGUAUGAUCUUGAACCUGUACAGACGAACCCAUUGGAUGGCUGAGAUGGUCAAACAGGGCAAGAAGAUAUCGGGGGCUGAGCAGAUCAGAGACGCUGGCGUAGGAGCUACAAGAAUUCGCAACGAGACAUUGGGCAUUAUAGGAAUGGGUCGGGUUGGUACAGCAGUAGCGAUGAGAGCUAAAGCGUUUGGAUUCAACAUACUCUGUUAUGAUCCCUACCUACAAGAUGGCAUGGAGAGAGCGUUUGGAUUAACCAGAGUAUACACACUACAGGAUCUGCUAUUCCAAAGUGACUGCGUGACACUUCAUUGUUCUCUUAACGAGCAUAAUCAUCAUUUAAUAAAUGAUUACACCAUCAAACAAAUGCGUCAAGGAGCCUUCCUAGUCAAUACAGCACGUGGUGGUCUUAUCGACGAAAACGCCCUUGCCCAAGCACUGAAAGAAGGUCGCAUCAGAGCAGCCGCACUCGACGUCCACGAAUCAGAGCCGUUUACAUUUACCUCAGGUCCUCUAAAGGAUGUACCUAAUCUGAUCUGCACUCCACAUUGUUCUUGGUUCAGCGAGCAGAGUAGUACGGAGGUACGUGAAAGCGCAGCCGGUGAGAUCAGACGGGCUAUCACGAGACCCGGCCCCGGAAAUCUACGCAAUUGUGUUAAUAAGGAAUAUUUGAUGUCAUCGCCAUCCGGUGCACAAUGGUCAGAGCCUAAUAAUCCACCUGAACUCAAUGGAUCAGUUUAUCGCUAUGCAGCGCCCCCUGUUGUCGUACCUCAACCAGCUCCCCAGCUGGUCGCAGAAAACCACUCCAUGCCAAUGAAUGUAGUGGCUACACCAGUGGUCACUAGUGGUCAUUCGGACACUAAGGCUGAGCCUGAACAAUGAAAACAUUGAGGAGUGGCUAUCGGACCCUUCCAGUCAUGAUGCGUCAGAGAUGAUAUCAUUGAGGCAUUUCUGUGGUCUUACCAAGUAACCAAACAAACUUGUGGAUUUGUCUUGUAUUCUGUGCCAAGGCAGUAUUUACAAUUUUAUGGAAAGAAAAAGAAAAUCCUUGUAGAAAAAAAAGUAGAAACAAGUAGUCCGACACAUGCACUCCAUAGAGCAACUCAUUAGAAAUGAAGAAAAAGUCUUUGUACCUACCACCGAAACGAUCGCAUAGAGAUACUGCUGAAUAUAAAUAUUAGAUGAGCAGUACGUAGGAAAUAUUGUCGUGUUAUGUCAGAUUGAAAUGUGCGCACACCAACCCCUGUUCACUUGUUUGUAAUGUAUUUGCAUGUUUUAGUGGAAUUUGUGCCCAAAAUUUAUAUAUCUUCAAGAGGAAAAACAGAAUUUUAUGAAAGCAAAGCAUAUAUAUAUAUCAGAUCGGUGAAAUCUUGAGACUGGAUUGAUACACUAAAAGCUACUAAACCAGAGAAGGGCGAGAGAAUGGACGAUAAUUGUACAAAGAAAAAUGGAUUUUCAUUUUGUACUUGGCGCUCUGAUAUUAUGCAAAGGAAUGCAAGACAUGUCCGAGGCAUCAAUUUUGUUUUGAUCUCGAGUGUUACGUUCAACGUGCGUGUUCACCAUGCUUUAUUUUCUUCUUUGAGUUGGGAAUACCGGCCAGUAGAUGUCAUCAAUCUUCAAUCAUCUGCUUCUUAAUUUCAGUAAAUUGAUUUCUGUAACAUUUUUAUGCACAUUAAUUCUUGCUUUUUGUGGAUAUGAUUUUGAUUACUGUGUACAAUGUUGGCUGCAUUUUGCAUUACAAAAUGCAGUUAAAUACGUACAAAUAUUUGUUGACAUUGUGCAUCCUAAACACAUUGGAUCACAUAUUGUUUGUAUGAAUUUGUAAGAUCGCUUGUUUUGAGUUUUCUAUUUUUUACAAAAAUGUUGAAAUACGACAGUGCUGGGUUAGGACAUUUUAUCAUGUAAUAUUUGAUGUACUUAAUGAUAUGGUGGUUGCAGCCAGUUGCUAUUGUGAGAAGCUUUUCAAUUUUAUAUCUUUAUAAAUCUUGGCUUGGGCUUUUCCUUGAACAUUUCCUUCAUGAAAUCUGAAAUAUUCAGAUUAGGUUCUUGACACAAAAGGACCUAUGAAUGGCAUUAACUGUAACAGAAGAGGUUCAGUGUUGCAUUGGUUCAGUUAACAGCUGAACACCAAGGCCUGAAUUCACAAAGUUGGUUUUCAAAACCCACGGUUGAAUCCAUGGUUUAUGUAGAUUUCCUAUAUAAAUUACUCUUAAUUUAGUUCGUAUCGGGCGCGUGUAUCAAAUAUGUCCAAUUCAGAUACAUCAGUGCGUCAAAUUGACGCCUGUUACCAGGGCUAGAUAGGUUAUUUCAUUCAUGAGUCCACUGUUUGAAGAGUGGACUCGUGAAUAAAAACAGAGGACUCAUUAAUAAAAUAGCAUAUCUUUCCAUGGUAACAGGCUUCAGUUUGACGCACUGUGACAAAAGCGCGCAUCAGAAUUGGACAUUUUUUAAACACGUGCCAGAUACGUGCUAUAUUAAGUGUAAUUUAUACAGGAAAUCUGCAUAAACAAUAGACUCAACCGUGGGUUUUCAAAACCUUUGUGAAUUCGGGCCCAAAUGUUUGGAAGAUUGAUGUGAAUGAAGGAUACAUGUACCAAUCCAGAUAACACUCUGGAUUGACAGAUCAAUGGAUUUAUUGAGUCAAAUUCAUUAGUCAAAGUUUUUUAAAGUGUUAAAAUGAGUCAAAUAGUGAUUGCUGGUUUGAUCAUGGAGAAUUUGAAUCAUCAACGGUUAACAAUCAUAUUUAUAAUGGGACCUGUUUCAUGAAAAGCUAAAAAUCAGAUGCCCUAUUUCCUUCACAAAUCAGCUCUAAGCCAAUCGAAUAGAAGGAUGCCACUAGCUUAUAAGCUUGUAAACUCAUUGACAUGUUCCAUGAAAGUGCAACCUGAUUAUUCAUACAUGGAAAGCUAAGGAAAUAUUUAGUGUUUGAUUUGAAUAAAUAAUUCAUGUGGGUCAGGUGACUGUCACAUGAUCGAAUUAAACAAUGGGGAUCUUGGAUUCUAUCUCUUGCCAUGAUCAUGAUUGAAGCAAUUUCUUGGGAUUUAAAGAUCACCAGUCGCAUUUGCGUAAAUUUUGCCAUCAAUAGUUAUACCACGUUCAUGUAUAUCAUAAUCAUUGCACUGCCACUGUAUUGUUAUUUUUCAAUAUAAGUUGAUUUUUUUCUCUCUCUCUUUUCAUUAUUUUUUUUAUUUAUGUGUGUUUGUAUUCUUGCUUGGUAUGACCCUGAUAAAUAUGAAUUGAUUAUUGUUACAAAAAAUUUCCAAAUCUUAUGAUUAAAGUCUCUAUUGAGGGAAAAGAUAUCUGUUGAAUUUUGUUCUUAAUCUGUGAUGAAAUUUUGGACACAUAUUGAAAUGACCCCCUCAACAUUUUUGUGUUUAGUUAUUAAUGGUGCCACAAACCAACUCACUUCAAUCUGUCUAAUUUUGAAAAAUAUUUUUACCAAAGAUGUGCUUUCUAAUGUUGCAGCAUCUUAUUUUGCCUUAAAUCUUGAAGAAUCUGAUUGGUCCACUAGAUUUCAAUAGAAGGUUGGUAAUUCCAAAGG